AUGGAUUCAUCGUCUUCUGCAACAGAGAAGAAGAAACCCAAAUUGUCUGUGAGAAAGCAAACCCGUUUCAAGAAACAACCUUCCUCAAAAACGAAGACGACUAAUUUGUGCAUGAGAGAACAGACACUUCUCAACAAAGCAUACGAGCUUUCAACCCUAUGCGACAUCGAAGUCUGCGUCAUCUAUUACGGUCCUAACGGAGAGCUCAUCAAGACAUAUCCCGAGGACCAGUCCAAGGUCAGAGACAUGUCCGAGAGAUUUAUCAAACUAAGCGACGUAGAGAGACGCAAGAAAAGCACCAACCUUUCUCAGUUUCUUACUAAGAAUAUCAAAAAGGAGAAGCAGACAUCUCUCGAUAAAAACGACAACAAAUUCUCACUGAAAGUCUUGGAGAUGGAGCGUUCGUUGGAAACUCGUUUACAGGUUUUACAAGACAAGCUUCGGUUUCUUUCCAACAAGGAUCAGACCGAGCCAGAUCAGAGCCUUGAGGUUGCAUCAAUGACUAAACAGAGCAACAACUUUACGAUGAACGAAUUACCUUCUUCACUCAUCAAUAAUCCAUUGAUUACUCAUCAACAACAACAAGGGUCAGAAUCAUUAACGAAUCAUCAUCUCAUGAGUGGUGAUGUUUAUAACUCUGGCGGCUUCGCAAUUGAUUCGUCGAAUCAAAAUCAGAACAAGUAUUCAAUCUUUUUGUAUGACCAUGACAAGGAUACUUUUACUCAACUGUCCGACUCUGCUUCAAGCUUUGGUCAAGGGUUGGCUCCGUAUAACAAUCUGAUGAGUACGGAUUUACUUGGGGCACAAGGAUUUGGUGUGGAUGGUAUUGGUCUGAGAAGCUGCAGCAACAACAACAUUCCGACACAAAACCCACUUGUCCAGCCGUGGAAUCAGACACCUUUUUAUGGAGGAGAUCCAAUGAUGUUCUCAUCUUACAAUUAG